CGGACGUGGAGCAUGUCUGCGAGCACACUUUCUCAUACUACCCCACAGCAACACUUAUGAUCUCUGCACUCGGGUUAUCAUUCCAGUCGCCGGCGCCAAAGCAUUUUUGGGUCGAUUGAUAUUUGAUAGAAGAGCGAUGACUACGAAUUAUCUACCCGAACAAGUCGUCGUUGAAAUCCUCUUGCGAUUGCCGGUCAAAUCUUUAAUAAGAUUCAGGUGUGUAUCUAAACGUUGGCGCUUGCUAAUCUCGGAUCCCGGAUUCACUAAAUCGCAGUUCGGGCUAGCGUCUGAGCACCCAGAAAGAUUUCUCAUAUCAUCCAGUUCUGGAAUUCGAUCCCUAGGCUGCGACGUGCCAUUUGGGGACAGUUCCGCUCUCAGAGAACUCGUCGUCCCAUUCCAGAGAAAUUGUCUUCGUGUUAGAAUCAUAGGGUCUUGCAAUGGUCUGGUUUGUGUAGCUCUCCAUCCCCAUAAGGGUUUCUAUAUUUGGAAUCCUUCAACUGGAGACCACAGGAAAUUGCCAGAUCCUGGCGCUCCACUACGUGGCUUCAUAUAUUGGCAUGGCUUUGGGUAUGAUUCAUCCACCGAUGACUACAAGCUUAUUGUGGCCUCUUACCGGCUUGUAAAAAGUGAUAGUGGCCGUUCAAGUGAAGGCGAGGUUUUCUCUUUAAACAAAAAUUCAUGGAAAGGUAUUCUUCAUGACCUCGACUAUUCAGAUGGCGCGAAAGAGCCAGCAGGGAUCCUUUGCAAUGGGUCUCUGCAUUGGCACCUUAAAGUGAGCGAGCCCGCUCGUGACGAAAUAUAUGCGUUUGAUUUAGCAGAGGAGAAAUUCCACGAGAUACCGAUGCCCAUCCAGGAAGAUGAACGCCCUCGACGAGCACCUUUCAGUUCUUUGAGGAACCUUGGAGGGUGCCUGUGUUUAGUUGGUUAUACUCGUACCCAUAUAGACUUAUGGAGAAUGAUGGAAUAUGGAAUCGGGGAAUCAUGGGCACCAAUGCUCAGAGUUGCGUAUUCUCAUGUAGAAGUGUACAGAUAUCAUCUAAACCCGCUUUGGCUUUCAAGAGGUGGUCAGCUGGUGUUAAUAUAUGCUGGAAAGGAGUUAAUGAUAAGUAAACCUGAAGGAGAGAUUGAACAUGUUGUGGCCUUCAGUGACUCACUUACGUGUGAAGCAGCUGUCUUCGUUGAGAGUUUAAUUUCACCUAAUCAUUACGGUGGUGAUGAAAGGCAACGCCUUCUCUGUGAUGAAGACCGAUGAUAACCAUCGGUACUGCACUCAAAUGCUAGUGUAUUUCCACGAUUUAUCUGGCUAUUCCACCUUUAUCACCUAGCCUACGAGAACCUUGGCUCUUCUAAAUCUCAAGAUUACAUGGAUGGAAGAUUGCAAUUGUUCCAUAGCAUCCUGCGUGAUUUGAAAUGAGUCUGUUCCAAUCCUCAAAAGGACAAGUUUUUCUGUUAAAAUAGGUUGUUAUGGUCCUGAAAGAGUCGUAGUAGUGGUCUUUGCAUGUUUUAGUCUCUGAAUUUUUAUCUAGGAGUUGUGCUUGGGGAUUUGUUUUUUCUUAACAGUUGUGACAGCGAUUAACAAUGUGACGAAUGUUGUAGGGUACAUUAUGUUUUCAGAUUAAAUGGCCCAGGAAUUCUUCUUGUGGUUAUACUCUGUUUUUCUAGUCAAUUACAUGACUUUUGGUGAUUUUGUAGUGUUA